UUAACCCAGAGUUGAGGAUACUUUUUGAAUCUGUCACAAAUGCAAAUUAUCGCUCAUGUCAAGUUCAUUGUACAAUGAGUAUCGUCAACAGAGAGUGUUUUGUGACGCUGUUAUCAGAGUCAAUAACGUGGAGUUCCCUGUACACAAGAUUGUCCUCUGUAACUGCAGUCCCUACUUCCGAUCUCUGUUUGAACGCUGGUCUGUCACAGGACAUGAUGAGUUUGUCAUCAAUGGCCUGUGUCCAGAAUCCAUGCAGUGCAUUGUGGAGUUUGCCUACACUGGCUAUGUUCCUGUGUCCAAAGACAACGUGCAGACACUGCUGCGAGCAGCCGAUUAUGUCAGCAUAGCUGAGAUCAAGGAUUCCUGCUACAAGUUCCUGGCAGACCAUCUCUGUGUGGAGAACUGCAUCGGGGUCUGGAAACUGACUAAGUCCUUGCAGUCCUCUGAGAUCCAGCAGAAAUCCUUCGACUUCAUUCUGGCUCACUUUGAGGAGCUGCCGUCUUGCGAGGAGUUCACACAGCUGACCCUCCAGGAACUUUCACAAAUCCUGGUGAGAGAUGACCUCAACAUCAGGGAGGAGAGCGCCGCCUUUCAGGCCGCAGUUCACUGGGUCUCGCUAGAUCCUGAACAGCGAAGGAAACAUAUCACAGAACUGUUGUGUAAAGUCCGUCUAAGCUUGUUAACGCCGGAUUACAUCAGAACCAAAGUGGCCACAAAUGAGUUUGUGAAAAAUGACAUUUCUUGCUUCAAUUUGGUGACGCAAAUGAUUUCAAGCGAGCCAAGAAUACAAAGCUUUAUCGACUACCCCCGGCUUCCCACCUCGAUCCUGUUGGCGAUCGGGGGGAUGAACAACGGAAAUGCAACAAACAGAAUUGAGGCGUAUGAUGUCCGUGACAACCGCUGGGUCACGCUGUCCACCACUCUGCAGUAUCCCUGCGCAAAUCAUGGAGUUGUGUUCCUUGAUGGCUCCAUCUACUGUAUCGGGGGUGUCAACGGAGAGGAGUUCCUCAACAGCGUGCGAAGGUUUGACCUCAGAAGCAACACCUGGCAUGAAGUGGCACCGAUGCAUCGGCGCCGUUCUCAUGUCAGCGUUACCGUGCUUAAUGGAUACAUCUACGCUUUGGGAGGCUCCAACUCCAACAUCCGUCUCAGGACUGCGGAGUGCUACAAACCAGAGGAAAACCAGUGGGGCUUUAUCGCUCACAUGUGUCAUAUCAGGAGCCAUGCGAGCUGUGCAGCUUUAAAUAACAAGAUUUACAUAUGUGGUGGAUACAAUGGAGCUAAUAGCCUGCGAACAGCCGAGUGCUACAACCCCGAGACCAACCAGUGGACAAUGAUCAGCCCCAUGCUCUGUCGCCGCAGUGGCAUCGGCGUAGUUGUUUAUAGAAACCGCAUCUAUGCAGUGGGAGGCUUCAACGGCCAGCGAUAUCUCUGCAGUGCCGAGGUCUACCACCCUGGUAGCAACUCCUGGACGUUUGUGUCCUCCAUGCAUACGCCCCGAACUAACUUUGGCUUAGCCGUAGUUGAGGAACACCUUAUUUCUGUGGGCGGUUACAAUGGCCGAAAAGCCAUAUCUGAGGUGGAAUACUACGAUGCAAAAUUAAACCUGUGGAAUAAGGCCUCUAACAUGGGCCUGGUCCGACGGGCGCUAAGCUGCUGUGUGGUGUCUGGCUUUCCAAACAUGGCCAUGAGUCUCUUUCCACGAGAGUCCCAGCUCAUUGAAAGUGUGAUGGAAGUGGAUGACCUAUAGACUUUUCAUUCUCAUGUUAACCAAGCUACUGGAAUGCCAAAGAGUAUAGACAUUGUAUCCUGGUCAACUACACCUGUAACCAGUCCUGAAAAGUGAAUGUGUUCAGACAAAUGUUCCCAACUGUAUAACUAAAGGUAAUAUGCACAUGUGAGACAUGCAUAUAUCCUUUCACCGGUGCUAUGGCUGUCAGAUAUUGGCACUGAAAGGUAUGUGUACUAAUGGCAGGCCGUGUCCCACCUAGUCCAACUUCAAAAAUACCUCUGAUAAUACCAUCAUUUAUGACACCACGGUGGAGAAAUAGUAUCCACUUAGACACUUCUGGGUAUUGCAUCACCUAAAAUGUGUACAAAACUGAAUAUUUAAAAUUCAAUAAAGAGCAA